AUGGCAAGAGCUCUCUGGCCCCACUGUGCCGAAGCCGAAGUUGCGAAGGCCCAGCUCCACGCCCUACGUGAUGACAUAGUUCACCAAUACCUGGAGGGCGCCAAGUCUGCAGGCUUGCCAGAGCACCGGUAUCUUCGCAAAGACCUGUUCCGAUGCUGCUUGCGUUUGCACUGCCCGCAGCUGCUCGAAAUCGAUGAAAGCAUGCUCACACAAGCGCUCCAGCGCCUCGUGAAAAGCAAGUAUGAGCGCACACUGGCAGACGAAGAGCCCGUCAAAAUCACUGUGCGCAAUCUGCGCUGGAAGAAUUGUCCGACAGCUCCUGCUGCUUUAAUCUGUUCGCAUCUUUUUGCGGUCUGCUGCUCGGUCAUGCCCCCUAAGCGCUUCAGCCUCGCAGAUGUAGAAGCGAAAGGUGGCUUCACAAAGAAAGCGCGUAUGGACCAGGCCAGCGACGGUGGUGCCACAUUGAUAGCAGUGGCUAGGCCCUGGGGGAGCGCUUUCUGGGCCUUUGAAGAUGCAGAUGCUGCCACGCGUCUUUGGCAAGUUCAACUGACGGGCUCGGCCAGGAACGCCUUCACGUACCAAGCGCUUGUCACCGCAAAAGAAGCGUUGGUCAAUCAUCCGGACGAAAGGGUGCGGGAUUUGCAAGCAGUGGAAUCAAUCCUGCAGGUCCGCUUGAUGACUGGAGGCCCACCCCUGUCGGGACCUGUGGAUGCUGAUGGGAUGCAGAUGCUGCCACGCGUCUCUGGCAAGUUCAACUGCCCACCCCUGUCGGGACCUGUGGAUGCUGAUGGGGUGGGAAUUCAAAGGUGGCAGACAGUCCUUUAUGCGGCAGGGGAAGAUCCGAGCAACGCCUUGAAUUUCAUCCACUUCAUCUUGGAGCACAAGUUGCGACGGGGCACAAUUGCUGCCAUGCCCAAACUUUUACUGCAACUACCAGAUGGGAGUUUCCAAGGUCCCGUGCAAGGCCCAUGGCAGCUCGCAGCUGUGCCGCAAGACAGCAGCAACCUGCCAAAACCCUUCGCAGCACUGCCUCCCAGAGGCCGACGCCACGUCAUAGCACAGCUCGAGAAAAGGGGCGACGAGGAAGAGGUUGAAUAUUCCUUCUGGCUGCGCGGUGGCCUCUACCCUUUCCGCAACCGGUUCGAUGAGAUGCAAGUCUCUGCCGCAGAACUGGACAUUCAAGACGACAAAGGGAAUCCAAAGCAAGAGUACAUUCGCCUGGUAAAGUUUGCAGGCUUGGAAGAUGGCGAAACCUUACUGACGGCCAUCCUUGAAAAUUGCCUUCUGCGCCUGCCAAUCUAUUUCAUGAACGAAGCCGGGGACGACGAUGAAGUGGCCAAUUGGAUCCUGGAGCAAGCCAGUGUGGGAGCCUUGAUUGAGCAAGGCGACGACACUUUUUGUGACCCCUGGCCAGCCAAAGGGCACAGCAGAUCAAUUGCCGCGGAAAAGCUGGGAAAGCUUGGGGCGCAAGAUCGCAUGGCACAUGCCCCAACCACCGGCUUCGGCUCUAGCACCCUGCGGCAACUCAUCACUUUAUCUUCAAUCUGUUGGGACCGCUGUUCAACCAUGCCCCCCAAGCGCUUCAGCCUCGCAGAUGUAGAAGCGAAAGGCGGCUUCACAAAGAAAGCGCGUAUGGACCAGGCCAGCGACGGUAGUGCCACAUUGAUAGCAGUGGCUAGGCCCUGGGGGAGCGCUUUCUGGGCCUUUGAAGAUGCAGAUGCUGCCACGCGUCUCUGGCAAGUUCAACUGACGGGCUCGGCCAGGAACGCCUUCACGUACCAAGUGACUGUCAUUGCAAAAGAAGCGUUGGUCAAUCAUCCAGACGAAAGGGUGCGGGAUUUGCAAGCAGUUGAAUCAAUCCUGCAGGUCCGCUUGAUGACUGGAGGCCCACCCUUGUCGGGACCUGUGGAUGCUGAUGGGGUGGGAAUUCAAAGGUGGCAGCCAGUCCUCUAUGCGGCAGGGGAAGAUCCAAGCAACGUGAUGGAUUUCAUCUAUUUCAUCUUGGAGCACAAGUUGCGACGGGGCACAAUUGCUGCCAUGCCCAAACUUUUACUGCAACUACCAGAUGGGGGUUUCCAAGGUCCCGUGCAAGGCCCAUGGCAGCUCGCAGCUGUGCCACAAGACAGCAGCAACCUGCCAAAACCCUUCGCAGCAUUGCCUCCCAGAGGCCGACGCCACGUCAUAGCACAGCUCGAGAAAAGGGGCGACGAGGAAGAGGUUGAAUAUUCCUUCUGGCUGCGCGGUGGCCUCUACCCUUUCCGCAACCGGUUCGAUGAGAUGCAAGUCUCUGCCGCAGAACUGGACAUUCAAGACGACAAAGGGAAUCCAAAGCAAGAGUACAUUCGCCUGGUAAAGUUUGCAGGCUUGGAAGAUGGCGAAACCUUGCUGACGGCCAUCCUUGAAAAUUGCCUUCUGCGCCUGCCAAUCUAUUUCAUGAACGAGGCCGGGGACGACGAUGAGGUGGCCAAUUGGAUCCUGGAGCAAGCCAGCGUGGUGUCUGCUGAAAAGAAGCACUGUGCAUGUUUGUGGCCGGGCGAAGCAUUCAAGGCCCAUUCCUGUUUUACUUACUUGGUGUGCGAGCAGGCUUUUGUCAGGGAACCAAUGUCGCCUUUAGCUUUGCCCCGGGCCGCCACGGAAGAGGACGAUGCUGCAGAAUGGGUUUCGCCACGAGUCGGUCAACGAGUCAUGGUCUUACGGGACCCCUGGCUUCUAUGGAUUUUGGAUGGUAAGAAAACAAUGGAAAUCCGCAACAAACGGGCACGCCUUGGCCCGGCAUGGCUUGGGCAAGGAGGGAAAGUGUAUGGGAAGGUGAACAUCAUUGCUGCAAUGCCCAUGACAGAAACACAAUUUCGCGGCUGCUUUCACGAGCAUUUGUGGCCGGAAGAUGCGAAGGAAGCAUCAAAGUCAAAGCAACGCCGAUCCAAGGAAAGCCCUGCCGAGCAGAAGAAGAAGAAGAAAGCCAGGGGCAGUGCUGCAGCUAAGGAGGACGGGCCAGAAGCAUGA